CCUGAAGAAGGCGGAAGUGUUCCUCCCUCUUGCUCAUUUGUUUUCUGCAAGAAUGAGACGAAAACACGCAGAACACGAAAGGAAAGUUUAAAUUACGAAGAGAACCUGAGAAUUUUGUUCAUUUUUUUGAACGUUGAUGACAGCCGCUCGUCGAAGCGAAUGACUUCGCUGCUUUAAGGAAAAUAAACCCAAUAAUGAUUUAUUUGGUUUGUUUCAGAAGUCUUAGGUUGAGCGAGCCAAGUGUCAUGGUCCCGAGCGAGCGCACGAACGGAACUGGGGAGUCCAGUCCAGACGGGGAAAACGAUUCGGAGACGGUGAAGACGAUGAAACAUUUCCCACGGUAUGGCUCCAUCGUGGGAGAUACCUGCCCCACUUGUCGCGGCACUGGACGAAUUCCAAGAGGCCAUGAAGACCAACUGGUUGCCGUCAUCCCGUGUAACGAUAAAAGACUCAAACCCAGACGCACGAAGCUGUACGUGUGCCUGUCCAUGGCGCUAUGUCUCUUCCUCAGCUGCCUCAUCCUCUUCUUCCUCUUCCCCCGGAGCGUCACACUGACCCCCAUGUCCGUGCUGUCCGUCAUGGUCUACUUCACGCCGGACACGGUGCAACUGGAGGUCACGAAUCUCAUCAGAGUCAUCAAUGACAACUUUGUUCCGGUCCAAAUCAUAGAACUGGAUGUGCAGGGUCUGAUCUCCCGCGUGGUGGUGGGCAAAAUCAAGCUGUCCAACCUGUCCGCCAUCCCAUCACGCUCUGAGAAAUCGUACACGUAUCAAAUUGACCUGCCCAUUACUGACAACGGCCUCAGGAUUUAUUGCCAGUCCAGCGUGAUUAAGAUCCACACCUUAUUCCUGGAGCUGCAGAUGACCAUGAACAUUUCCUACUUGUCCCACACGGAGCAGCUGUCCCUGGAGACCUUUGAGUACAUCGACUGUGGCACCAACUCCACCAUGCCGCACCCCGUCAGAUGAGCGAGCACAAGUACUCGUGUGUGUGUGUGUGUGUGUGUGUGUGUGUGUGUGUGUGUGUGUGUGUGUGUGUGUGUGUGUGUGUGGCCUGAAACUCAUAUAAAGCGGGGUACACACAUGCCAAUUGUCUAAACGAUAUUGAGCAUUUUUCUUGUCUUUGUGGUCCAAGUCAGCAAAGGCCCAAUUGUCAGAUGUCUCGAAAAAAAACAAACAACUAAUCCUGCGAUUUUUCUGCUGUAAGAACAGUCAAUGCCAAUGCUCGUAAAUGUCAAACAGGUCCAAUAUUCACGAUAACUGUUCGAUAUGCCCUUAGCUUCCGCAAUUGCGAUGUGAAAUGCUGUUAGCCAAUCGGGAGUCUCGCUGAAGCUGUGAGCGUGUAAGCCAACAGUAAGCCUUGCUUCUUCUAUUGCUUUGUAGUUCAGAGCAGUCUGGAUGGGAGACCGCAGAAGAAAUUGUUGUGUGCUGUGUUGAUCACCACUUUGUACACAAUCCAUGGUCUGAACGGGAAGAUAAAACUUUUUUUCUUCUCUCCUCGUCAUGUGGGCUGUCGCAUUUAUGCAAAUCAGUUAAGAAGUUACAGACAAGUAUGUGUGCGCCCUGCUUUGCUGUGACCAAAGAAGCACCUUUGUGACAAUGAAGGGAAGAUUGAGACGUGUUUCUUAGUCU